UGUAUUCCAUCAACUCGGACGAUCAUCUCGCUGUUGUUCUUUUUAUUCUUUUUAUUUUUUGUCAUCUUUGACUUCAUUUUCCUCGUUGUUUCAGUUUUCCUUCGUUUCGUCCGUGCUUCCUCUUAGCUACUCUCCAGUACUUUGUUGAUAGGGGCUGAAUGAUCUAUGUUUGGUUGCUGAGAAAGUUUGGGAAAAGAAAAUCAUAGCAUUACAAUUUGAUGUUGUGUUGGACUUAGGGAAAGAACAAUCUGCAACUAUUAAGUUUGGUAAAAUCGUUUGGAUUUUCGGGCCCUACUUGUUACUUAAUAAUUCUCAAAAUGGGCAUCAAAUUUGAAGCCAGUUUGGUUGCUGUACUUCUUUUGUUCAUUCUGUCGCCUGUUGUGUUUUCCUCUCACAAUGAUGGGUUGAUUAGAGUUGGACUGAAAAAGAGACAGUUAGAUCGAAAUGUCCAGAUCCUUGGACAUAAUGAUGCUAAGGGAAAGCAAACGUUCAGAGCUUCUUUUGGAAAGAGUUGUCAACAUGGUAAUCUCAGGAAUUCCCAGGAUGCUGAAAUUGUCGCGCUAAAGAACUAUAUGGAUGCUCAGUAUUUUGGUGAGAUUGGCAUUGGCACACCUCCUCAGAAGUUUACUGUGAUAUUUGACACGGGAAGUUCUAACCUCUGGGUUCCCUCAUCGAAGUGUCAUUUCUCAAUUGCAUGCUUUUUUCACUCCAAGUACAAAUCUAGCUAUUCAAGAACCUACAAGAAAAAUGGGAAAUCUGCAGAGAUCCAUUAUGGAACUGGAGCAAUUUCAGGUUUCUUUAGUCAGGACCAUGUCAAAGUUGGCAAUCUGAUUGUUGAAGAUCAGGAUUUUAUUGAGGCAACAAGAGAACCUAGCAUCACAUUUGUGGCUGCUAAGUUUGAUGGUAUACUUGGCCUUGGAUUUCAAGAGAUUUCAGUUGGGAAUGCUGUUCCUCUUUGGUAUAAUAUGGUUAAUCAAGGUCUUGUCAAAGAACCAGUUUUUUCAUUCUGGUUGAAUCGCAAUAUUGAAGGGGAAGAAGGCGGUGAGAUAGUAUUUGGUGGUGUUGAUUCUAAUCAUUACAAGGGAGAGCAUACAUAUGUUCCUGUGACACAAAAAGGCUAUUGGCAGUUUGAUAUGGGUGAUGUCCUUAUUGAUGGUGAAACAACAGGAUUUUGUGGUAGUGGUUGUUCAGCAAUUGCUGAUUCAGGAACCUCCCUAUUGGCAGGGCCAACGACUAUUAUUACUCAAAUUAAUCAUGCCAUUGGAGCCUCUGGUGUUGUAAGCCAAGAAUGCAAGACACUGGUUGAACAAUAUGGAAAAGAAAUACUUGAAAUGUUGCUGGCUGAGGCACAACCUCAAAAAAUCUGUUCGCAAAUUGGCUUUUGUACUUUUGAUGGAACUCAGGGUGUUAGUAUGGGAAUUGAAAGUGUUGUGGAUGAGAAGAUGGAAAAGACUUCUGAUGGUCUUCAUGACGCCACGUGUACUGCUUGUGAGAUGUUAGUGGUAUGGAUACAAAAACAGCUGAGGCGAAAUAAGACUGAGGAUCAGAUCUUGAAUUAUGUUAAUGAGCUCUGUGAACGACUUCCCAGUCCAAGUGGAGAAUCAGCUGUUGCAUGUAACUCUCUGUCUUCCAUGCCCAAUGUGUCAUUUACCAUAGGCGAUAAAGUAUUUGACCUUGCACCGGAGCAGUAUAUUCUCAAAGUGGGAGAGGGAUUUGAAGCUCAAUGCAUUAGUGGAUUUAUAGCUCUAGACGUGGCACCUCCUCGUGGACCUCUCUGGAUUUUGGGAGACGUUUUCAUGGGUCGAUAUCACACGGUGUUCGACUAUGGGAAUGAAAGGGUCGGAUUUGCUGAAGCAGCUUAACAAUAGAAGUCUCUCUGAUGUUACAUUAUCUUAUUUUCUUUUGCUAAAACUGAUGUUACAUUAUUGUAAUAAAUCCCGUCUGGUGGACAGCAACCUUAACUUUCUAUCUGUAAAUAUAAAUCAAUACGAUGAUUGACAAAUAUAUUUACGUCAACUGGGAACAAUUGAGUAAUGUUAUUGCCUUAUUUCGAGAAGAAAUUUGGUGAUUUAGACUGAUAA